AUGGAAAAGAACAAGGAUUUACCGUCUUCUUCACGAACUGGGAAUGAUCAGUUAAAGUAUAAGGGUGUUAGGAAGCGAAAGUGGGGGAAAUACGUAUCGGAAAUAAGGCUUCCCAAUAGCCGGGAAAGGAUUUGGUUAGGGUCUUACGACACGGCUGAGAAGGCGGCCAAGGCGUUUGACGCCGCCCUGUUCUGCCUCCGAGGCAGCCACGCGAAGUUUAAUUUCCCAGAUGAUCCGCCAAACAUUACCGGCGGACAAUCACUCACGCCGACUGAAAUACAAGAUGCUGCUCAACAGUAUGCUAAUAACAGUAGCAGCAAUACUCAGCAGCCACCAACAGAAUUAGAGGAUGCAUCGCCUUCAUCGAACUCGGAGGGUGCCAGAACAACGGACUUGAUCGAUUGGUCAUUCUUGGACACGUUAGAUACAAAUGAUGCUGGUAAUGUUACAGAUUUUGGCUUAUUUCCUGAGCCAGAUGAAAUGUACAUUCCGCCAAAUUUUGCAUUCAAAGACGACGACAACAAUGAAGACGACCAUGGCAAUGAAGAUGACGGGGGAAACUUUUCUCAAUCAUCUUUUAAUCUAUGGAACUUCAAAUAA